AUGGCAACCAUCGAAAAAAUCGAACGCGAGUUGCAGGAAGCGAAGAGGGAGCUGGCGAAGGCGGAGAACGAACUGAAGGUACAACUUCGUGACUUAGGCGUUGGGGGACAUAGAGUAGAGCGCAAGAGGCGCAAAGUAGAACUGAAGCAGAUAUUACAAGACCUGAAAUUUGGCGAAAUCAAUCAAGUCGUUCAAAAAGCUGCAACAAAUUUGUUUGUGGAACGCGUGGCUGCGUUGGAGGCGGCAUAUGAAAUUCUGUCGAUCAACCGUUAUGGACGAGAAUCGAAACAAAGUCAGGAUACCUGUUUCGGGUUAUGCUUUGGCGGAUGCGGAAUUGGAAAGACUGAGUUGGUGACGCAAUUCUGUAUGAAAAUGAUUGCGGAGAAUGAAGCGACUCUUGUCUUGGAUUUGGACAAUGAACGUCACGUGUUUAACCGAAAUGCAUGCAGGGAAGACCAAUGGCUUGGGUUAUCUCUGGCAGCUGCGUACUGCGGUGGAAAAAGUACAAAGUUGUCUGCAUUCAUUAACAUGCUACGAGAUACAUAUGGCGAAGAGUCGUUAGAAUGUUUUAAUGAGGCAACUGAGGUGCUUGAAUCGGUUGUCAAUCAUUACCGCAAAUGGAAGAACGUGGAGGGGACGAUACGCCUUGUGGUAUGGAAAGACGACUAUCAGAUCGAAAUGGAGAAAUUCUCUGAUCCCCAAAUCAACAUUAUUCAAAAUAUCGGAAGUUACAACAAUAGCAGAGCUUUCGAACAAAAUGUCGUUCUCGUUCCUAUUUUAUCUGGAACCUAUGGUGGAGAUGUAAACAGAACGAUUCUCGGAAGCCGCUAUUCUGCACGAAUUCUAUCAACACCACCACUGUCGUUUGAUGCUUCAGUCCAAAUUUUGGGAAUUUCCAAGGAUGUCCUUGCGCAAUCUUCAUUCAAACUCAAUAUCUUGAUAUCAGAUAUUGGUGGAGUGGCACGACUGCUCAUGGAUUUACGCCGCAUGGGCGACUUUUCAACACCUCUCGAAGAGCGGGAUGUUGAUAAGUUAGGGUCGCUGAUGGUCAACAGAGUUUCAGAAUGUUAUAGCAUGGUUGCUCCAAAAGGACAGCAGGGUAUAACGACGCUCCCAAAGUCAGCUCUCAGUGAACUUCUGAGAUGCAUUAUCACGGGAACAUCAGUCUCUGAGGGCACUCAACUUCCAGAGACCAAAAUCACCUUCCUUGAUCUUAAUCGUUACGGAAUCUUCCAUUACAACCUUUUACCAAACGGUCGAUUCUUAAUAACAAUGCCAUAUAUACUUUUGUGGAAGUUUAACAAUGAAGUAUCAAUAUUACCGCCUGAUCUUCUUACUUUUCCUUGUCGGCAGUGGACCUGGCAAGAUUUUGAGAGACUGGAAGCCUAUUUGGAGACACUAAGGGCUGGACGUGGUACGACAAUCAAAGAGCAAUUCCCUUAUGCAUAUGCAAAUGCAGAUGUUUUGGAGUGUCCAAUCGAACCCUGGCAGCAAAUGUCCGUUGAACGAGAGACGGUUCAAUGCGUCCCGAGAACUGAGAAAGUGAUUUGGUCGGACGCACAUUUAUUGCGCAUGCAUAGGGAUAACGUUCCUAUUCUGUCACCAGUGAUUUUUCUUUGUCAUACCGGGAAUCCUGUGAUCGAUUCUCAUUCGUGCCGCAAGUCUGAAUCUGGUUAUGUGGCGUUACUAAAGCAAACAAAGCAUUCCGCGCCGGAUUCAAGGGGAAAAGUACAUGCAUCGGAGCUGAUCCGCUGGUAUAGUAACGCAGUGGAGAAAUUCAGUGACACCAGUAUUUUCAAAGCAAUGGUGUUUAUUUUUUUCACUAACCGUGUUUUGAGCGAGGUAGAUCGUAAGAAAGCGCUUGCUCAAUGUCCCAACUUGAUCAUAAUCUGCAGAGACAAUCUUGAGAAGUAUAUAUCAGGUACCUUUUUAUUUAGGGGAUUGGUAGACGAGGAGUAUAGAAAUGUAUAG